GAUGAUGAUAGAGAAAGUGCAGCAGCUAAACGAAGACGUACCAGAACAAACUUUACAGGUUGGCAGCUAGAAGAGUUAGAGAAAGCCUUCAAUGAUAGUCAUUAUCCCGAUGUUUUUAUGAGAGAGGCACUGGCUUUAAAAUUAGAUUUAGUCGAAUCCCGAGUACAGGUUUGGUUUCAAAAUCGACGGGCUAAAUGGCGAAAGAAGGAAAAUACAAAGAAAGGUCCAGGGCACGACGUGAAGAAGAACGAUUCUGGUGUAGAAAACAAUUCUAAAAGUCCUUACAGUAUCGCUAGCUUAUUAGAAAAGUCAAAAGUACCACGUGGACGUCGUCCGAAUUCAAAAUACCCACGAGUUCAGGCGUGUAAAUCUUUAGGUCCCAUAGGUAUCGGGAUGAUGCCACUAUUUCCUAUUACUCAGCCAAUAGGG